AUGGACGGCAAUCCCUCCGUCUCAGAGCAGACGCCAUCGGUAAUGCCGGACCAUGAUGCGUCUCCGCUAGCGACGACAGACACCCCCGCAUUCAUGACAAACGUCAACAAGAGGCAGAACGAAGCCUUGAAUCGCGAUCUUACCGCGAUGGAGGGCUGGGGUCUGGGGCAGGAGAACAAAGUCGAAUUUGCUGAGAAGCGGGUUGGAGAAUUGGAGGUGGGGCUUGAGAAGAUGGAAGUAAGCAGAGACGAGGAGAAGGCGUCGAAAGAGGCACUGGAGCUUGAAAAGAAGUCUUUGGUUGAGCAGAUUUCUGCUGGGGAAACUCAGAUGAAUGGCCUGAAGCUUGAGAUCGAGGGAAUUAGAGGGCUUCACGACGAAGAAAAGAACACGAUUCAUGAACAUCACGAUGCAGAGAUCCGCUUCUUGCUUAAUACCUUCCAUAAGCAGCUAGGAUACCUUCAAGAGCAAGUUGGGUCGGGAACGGAGAAGCGCAACCACCAACCAGAUGGAAACGGCACGAUGUCGCUAGACGAAAACGCGAUCAUGAACUUCAAGGCAGAGCAUUGGAAGCAAAUCAAAGAAAUCUUUGCAUUGCUUGACACCGGGAAGUCUGAAAGAGUCCGUCAAUAUGAAAAGACGUGCAGGCUGGAAAAGGACCUCGGGAAGGUGACGUUAGACACCACUACUCUUCGGAUUGAGAAGAGUAUUUUGGAGAAUAACCUCGGUCUAGAGAAGGAGCUGCGAGAUGUCAAGAGGGUGAAGGAAAAGUUGGAGGCCGAAUUCUCCAACCAAGAUGAGCCGUGGAUAAAGAAGGAAGUCGAUCAUUGGCCUCCUGAGAAGUUCCGACUACCAGAGGAUCCACCAACACACUCGUCCGACACAAAAAGAGCAAAACUCAAUAUCAGCACUCGUUACAGAGGUAUACAGCCAUCGUCUCGAGAUCUCUCCGCCCCUCAAUCUCUACAACUAUUGGGAUACGUCCUAGCCUCGUCAGAGAACUCGGGAUCUGGAUCAUUGCCAAUGAUGAAAAUUCCAGUUUCUACAGACAGCAUACAGUGCGGCAGGUGCCAGGAGACUAAUCCUACGAAGGGCUGGCUGACAGGCUGGUCAUGCUUCUUGGAAAUCGAGUUUGAGUCAAAUACAAAAGGUCAAGAAACAACAAGCUGCUACUGUGGACAUUCUGUCACAUAUACUAUGUCCCUCGAAUCCUGUCUUGCUGACAGCGAACCACCAAAACUCUCGCCCUCAUUCGAUCCAAUGCUAUCCAAACAGAGGAUAAGCGAUCGCGAUGAUUCAAGCGUGUAUCCGGGGGCAGUUCUUUACGACUUGCGUACUCGUCAGGCUACCAUUGAAUAUUCCAGCCACAGUUCACGGGUCAAGAUUCGGGAUUUCGAGACCGAAGUCGGACAAUGGGUGGCGCGAUCUUUGAGAGAGUGGUUCUCGAUCCCGAGACCACAAUUCUGGGCCGAGUAUAGAAAGCCGAAGAGAAGGCGAAUGUGCUUGUACUGCCAGACUCACAAGCACGACUGUUUCCCACUAAAUCCCAGGAGAAGGGAGGCAUGUGUUAUCUGCUCAAGAAGAGGUGUUCCGUGCUUGGUCAUCAAUGGUGGAGUUUUUUUUUUGUGGCUCACGUUACUACCUCUAGCAGACGACUACCGAAAAGGUCUGCUAUGGAAAUCACUCAUUUCCUGGAAGGAUCCAGAGACAGUUAAGAGGGUGGAACGGGAAAAGGAGUUGCGGCAAAGUCACCAGCCUGCGCCUUCGAGCAAUAUAUUUUCACCCAAUCCCCAACUUCCAAGUUCAGAUCCCGACGUCAAUAUGCCCGGUUGA